GACAAACUUAUCGAUUAACGAAUCUUGCUUCGACAUUUGAGUCAGUUCAUCUCCCCCGACUUUACCCCCUGGAUCGAUUCACACUCACUUCAAAACGAUUCUUAUAAUAUUCAACGGAUGUCAAAACUUCAGGGCUGUCCACCUCCAUCCAUUCAUGUAACCCGCUUGUUUGGAUAUUCGAAGGAACAAGGAAAUAUUCGCCCAAAGAAGAAAUAUAUUGUAGGCAGGGGCACAGCCAUUGUUAGCAGCAGCAAACAUUUAGCAAUGAGCAUGGCGUCGGAAGUGGGAGAGGAAGAGGGUGUGUAUUCGGUGUGGGCAAUGCCAGCCCCUGAGAAGAGGCAGGGCAUUCGGGAAGUGAUGAACAAGCUGAGCAGCGAAUUUGGAGGGCCUUCGUUUGAGCCUCAUGUGACCGUAGUUGGCGCUCAGAGGAUGAGCAAGGCCGAUGCCUGUUCCAGAUUAGAAGCCGCCUGCAGGACCCUAACGCCUUACACCUGUUCGCUCACUCAGGUGGCCUGCGGCACCUUCUUCUACCAGUGUAUUUACGUUCUGGUCGAUCCAACCCCUCAGGUUAUGCAAGCAAAUCUGAAGGCAAGUCGUUGCUUUGGCAUAGUUGACAAACCCCAGCCAUACAUGCCACAUUUAAGCCUUUUAUAUGGAGAUCUACCUGAGGAGGACAAACAGAAAGCCAAAGUGAAGGCAGAGUCAUUCAAUCAUCUUCUCUGCAAUACAGAAUUUGAGGUCUCCAGUUUAUGCUUGUACAAGACAGACACUCAAGACAAGUCGCUCCAAUCGUGGGAGAAAGUGGCUGAGUGUAAUCUUAGAGACUGCACUGAGACUGAGAAUUAUACCUAAGCUGAAAUCUCAACGACUCGCGUUCUGUGUAUCUAAAUAAAUUGCAGGAAUAAUGCCUCUACAUGCUUGUCUCCAAAUUCAGUGUCGUUGUAUCCUUUGACUGUUACAUAUUAAGAUAAAAUAAGAGUUGGCAUAAAUCGAUUUAGGGCUGCCUUACUAUGUCAAGAGCAUCUGGUAAUGUGGUCUGCAGUAUGUGUUGUAAUGGUUGAGAAUCAAUAUGGAGAAUCUUCUAACUGGAUUCAGACUCAAAUGUUUAUCCAAAGGAUCUAUGUAUUAGUGCUACAGGAAUUUGACCUCCACCAGUCUACUAUAUAAGUAAAGAAAAGCUCAUUUGACCGAGCUAUUUGACA